ACGUCAAAACCUUCCAUACUUUCGUUGAAGAAAGGACAAUAGCCUAUUGCAAUGUCGACAUCUCGGAAUAAGGCUGUUAAAACCAAAUCUAAUUCCCAUAAAAAAUUGCGGAAAUCAAUUUGUGAAACGGCGGUUGAACACAACCCACCAAAUCGAUCUGAUGUUGAAAUUCAAACGUUGGAGAAGAAGAAAAGCUCUCCCGACCGUUGUAGUAAGAAAGCUCAUCGCGAAAGCUCAAUCUGUAAGUCACUGGAAAACAUAAUGCAUUUGAAGAGCACUAGCGGUAGCCAUGACGCGCUUUCGAUGUCAAAGACCGAUAUUUCCAUCGUGUACGGAAUGUACAAAAAUUUGAUCGAUAAACACAAUAUUAACAAUGAUAUUCACGUUGGCAAUUAUCAAACUCUUCUCAAUGAAUUCCACAAAUUACAAAGCCAGUUGUACGAACAGGGUCUGUGCAACAAAUCACUAAUGUCAACUUUGGUGUCUCAACAAAGAAUGGAUCGACGAAUGCGCCGAAAGGGAAUGAAUAAAGGAAACAAAAUAUUGAUAAUGAAAAUGAACGAAAUUAUCUCAGUUAUGUAUAAGCUUCAAAGCUCUUUUGAAAGCUUGGAUCACAAAACCCUAGCCUUGGAUUCGAAGAUUGAAGAGUCCGUGACAGCCGUUCAUCAAGAAAUAAUUCAAAGCAAGAAGAAGAAAUUUGUGUUCUGCAGCUGCAUGUGAGAAAAUGUCUUGGCAAAUUUUAUUUAUUUGUAAUGUGAGUGGUUGCAGUAACAUCUAACUUAUCUCGAUACACUUUUGUCUGUACAUGCUACAAUGACUCCGGCUACAUUAAACACUGUCGCAGUGA